AUGUCGUUAAAAAAUUUACAAAUAUUUCAACCUCUAAAUCGUGAGAAGAACAGAUUUGUAACUCCGCUCAAAGCUCCACCGUCUGCUUUAUCCAGGCAUAUAUCUAAAUCCGCAGAGACUUUAGUAGCUACUACAAGAUGUGGCAAAGAGAUAAAGAGUCGCAAAGCUCGGAGCACCGAGCAACCUGGGUCAGGCGGCCUGCCGCCGUUGGCCCACAAUUGGCCCGAUGACGUCAGCCUAAGAAGCAGGUCCAGGAAUGGAAGUGGCAGCAGCCGUGCGGGCAGCGUAGACCGCAGCACGCGCGGCUCCACCACCAACCUUAACUCCGAUGAAGACAAUAUCAAUGUUGUCGUCAGGGUGAGACCCGUAAACGAUCAAGAACGCAGUCGCGGUGAGCGCGAGGUGCUAGAAUUCCCGGGGAAAGGUCAGGUGAUCUGCCCCGGCACCGCGCCCGGACAGAAGCAUAAAGUCUUCUCAUAUAACGUUGUCUUUGAACCUGCAGCUUCUCAGGAAGAUGUUCUGGAAUAUUCAGGAGUAAAACGACUGCUGGAGAUGGCUGUGGAGGGCUUCUCCUGCACGGCAUUCUGCUAUGGACAGACGGGAAGCGGGAAAACACACACCCUCACUGGACCUCCGGGACUGGUAGAGAGGGGAGCAAGUCCAUUCUCUUCAGAGCACGGUCUAGUUGUACGGUCCUUUGUCUAUCUCUUCCAAUUGAUACGUGACCGACCUGACUGUCACUUCGUAUUGAAGGCAUCCUUUUUAGAGAUCUACAAUGAGAAGGUUAUAGAUCUCCUAAACCCUGGAACUGUUAAGAAACCACUGCAAGUUCGCUGGUCGAAGGAUAGUCGUAGCUUUUAUGUCGAAAAUCUUUUCACUGUCGACUGCGAGGAGUUGGAUGACUUAUUUGCUGUUCUAGAAGAAGGUACUCGUAACCGCGCGGUGGGCUCGCAUUCGAUGAACGCGCAUUCGUCCCGCUCGCAUACUGUGCUGAGCGUUCGCGUGCGACGUGACGUUCGCAGCGAGCGUGACGUCACGUGCUCCACACACGGCAAGAUCAACUUCGUGGACCUGGCCGGCAGCGAGAUGACAAAGCGCACGCACAGCACCGGCAAGACAUUGGAAGAAGCUAAUAAUAUUAACAAAAGUCUUAUGGUACUGGGAUAUUGUAUAGCACAAUUAAGUGACGGUAAAAAGAAAGGUCACAUACCGUACCGGGACAGCAAGCUGACGAAGCUGCUCGCUGACAGCCUAGCAGGGAACGGGGUUACCUUAAUGAUAGCAUGCAUCGCACCGACGCGAUCCAACUUGAGCGAGUCAGUCAACACGCUGCGCUACGCCGCCAGAGCUAAGAAAAUUAAAUCCAAACCCAUCGUCAAAAUUGACGCAAGAGAUGCGCUAAUUCUCAGUCUGAAAAGAGAAAUCGAGCUGCUACAGGCUGAGAAUCAACAUCUGCGGACAGCUCUGCAUGUACACAUUGACUACAGCAUGGACCCCUCAGGCGAGAGAGAUAUGACGCCUCGCAUUGAGAGCAACCAGUUGCACCAGCUGGGCCAGUCCGAGCUGGUACGGCUGGUGCAAUUACACAUGGCGGAGAGCGCCGCGUUGCGUCGCGAGAACCGCGAGCUGUUCGCUGCACGCGACCUCCUGCUGCGCGAUCACGAACUCGUCACCAGAGAGAACGAGCGUCUUCUCAAGAAGCUCGAAGAUGUCAACUCCGUUUGCAUUCGGUCCCCCAUCAUACCGGCCCGACCUACUUACUCUGAAGCCAGUACUAAAGAACCUGAUGUUUGGACAAACCCCUCCGUUUCAUCGGCUAAUAGUACCACAAGCAGAGACAAAUUUAAAACUUAAUGUAGAGAUUUAAUAAAAAAUAAUAUUGAUCACAACUACUUGGAUCUUGGACUAUAUUCCAUUACACUGAUCUGUAUAAAUGGUUUGGUCAUGACAGCUUUUGUUUCAUUCCGAUUUAAAAGCCCCUGUUGAUAUUCCUGACAGAUAAUUCUAUUCUAAUGGCGAAAGUCAAAUUGGCACAAAAUAUCACGGUUUAUAACCUAUCCAUGUACACUGGUCAGUUCCAUUAUCAUGUCCUAUAGAAAAAAGUAUUACAUGUAUUUUAUCGAUUGACAGCUAUAAGUUGACACUAGAAAAACGAAAAUAUAACCUAUAAAUGAUGUUUUGCUAAAAAUAACCAAAUUUAAUUACAGAUCCUAAAAAUAAUACAAGUUUAGUCAAUCAAUAUCAUGUUCAAACUAUUUACUAUUUUGUGGGUAAUUUUUUUUGGCAUGGCCUAUUACGGUAAGACAAAAUAUACAAAGAAGAAUGACGAAUAAACCCUUGGAAUAAAAUAACUUGUAUAUAUUCAUGAUUUUGUUAUAGAAAAUAGACAAAGGAAAUGUCCAUUGGACGUGUUGUUGGCUUCAGAUAGCUUAAAGUGUG